UAAUGCUGGAUUACAUACAACAUUAAACUUUAAUUAUGGAAUCCAAAAAACAUAACUUUUUUGAAUUUAAAUCCAUAUGCCGAAAAUACAAAAGCUUCAAAAGUAAGUUUAGAUCGUGCAAGGCGACACAUAACCUCAAAGCUUGUGUGCGGGGUGUGCAGCGGUCGUGUUCGUGUGAGUUGCGUGACGGCAAACUUUGGUGUCGGGCUGUCAGCAGCCAGCACCUAGGUUUUUGGGGGUUUAAAUCAUGAGUUCAUGGAGGGAGAAAUAUUCAAAUAAAAAGGGUCAUAAAAUGCAUACCAGUAUUUACUGGACUAUUUUGGAAUUAAAAGGACUUCUUGAAGAUGAGGACUCGUGCGUUUAUUAUGAGAGGCAUAAAAAACACAUCGGAAUGCAUCCGUCACAUGUGCGAAACGUGACUACAGCUUUAAGCGAAAUUUUGAAUUCCAAGCUUAAUUCCUACGAUGCAGAAUUAAAAGGCCUCUUACUCGCUUAUAAAAAUCCAGUACUCUUGAGUCCAUUUGCGCGAACAUUGCACGAUAGUUGUUACGUUCACAUGGAUAUUGAAGCGGAUUUUUAUAUUUUCAAACCAGAAGUAGGAGUUAAACUGAAAGGCUUCGUAAAUAAAAAAGGUUUAAAUCACAUUGGCGUGUUAGUCCAUAAAGUAUUUAUCGUUUCAAUUCCACAACCAGAUGAGGAUGAAGACUGGCCCGGCAAUAAAGUAAAUAUAGGACAAGAAAUCAGAUUUACUGUAAAUGAAGUAGACUUCCGAAGUAGACUACCUUACAUUCGAGGUGUUUUAUAUGAAGAUGAGUAUUUGGAAGGCUGCAAGCUCUUCAAUGUGGAAAUAGAGGAAGUUGAGGAGGCCAUUGAGUCUCCCGAUAGGAAGAAAAAAAUUACCUUCGAUGAAGAUUUAAUCUCAGAUCCUUCGGCAGUUUCUGCGAAAAAAAGAAAACGAAUAACUUUUGAUAGUGAUUCUGAGGAGGAAGAAGAAAAUGGAGUGAAACCGGAAUUGGAAGGUGAUUUAGAGGAGGAAGACCAAAAGCCAAGAAAGAAAAAAUCUCAUAAGAAGGCUCGGAUUUCGAAGGAAGAUAAUCACGUCAGUCCCAGUUCUGAUGAUAAGGAAGUAGUCUUUAAAAGUCCGCUGAAAAAAUCCAGAGCUAAAUCUCACGUUUCGGUAGACGUAAAAUUGAAUUUUGAUUCCGAUGACGAUCAAAAGCCAACCCAUUUAGUGCAGAAGUUUGUGGAAGAAUCUGAGUAUUUGGAUGAGGAUCAAAAGUCGAGUGUGAGAAAAUCAAAGAAAAGGCGUAAGAGUUCUGAAAGUCGAGAUGAAGCUUCAGGUGCAGAAUUUGAAGGAAGUAGGGAAAAUAAACAUAAGAAGAAGAAUGCAAAGUUUUCUCAUGAAAUUUCAGAAGGAGCGAUUUCGGAUUUAGAAGAUAGAAAGCCACUUAAUUUACUAGAGAAACGCAAAAGUAAGGUAAAUGGAAAGUCGGAAUGUAAAGAUGAAGCUUCAAGCGCGGAAUCUGAAGGUACCAGUGAGAAGAAAAAUAAGAAAAAGAAAUCCAAGUUUUCUCUAGAAAAAGUAGAACCGAAUUCCGAUUUAGAAGACCAAAAACCGAUUCAUCUUUUAGCAAAACACAAAAACAAGUCUGAGAAAAAGAUGAAAAUUUCAGGAAACGACAGCGACGUUUCAAGUCAAGAAAAAAAGAAGAAAUCUAAAAAGAAAUUAAAUCGCGAAAAUUUGAUAGAUUAUGAAAAUAUCCUGGAGAAUGAAAGUCAACAGGUUAAUGGCUACCAGGGUGACAAAAAGCGGAAAUCCAAGAAUGAAACGAAAUCUGAAGAAUUAGAAUUUAGUUUUGAUGUAUUGACUAGAAUAAAAGAUGAACCAAGUGACGAAAAAGUUAAAAAGGAACCGAGCGAUAGUGUGAAAAGGAAAGCUAAAAAAGCAGUCGAUUCUGAUUGACAAAAUUGACCUUUUACAAGACGAUCGUUAAAUAGUGUGCAAAAUACCAGAGACUUUUUUGAAUUAAUGUUGCAUCGCUGUUUAAUUUGCUUAAGUUAUGAACAAAUUAAUUAAUUAAUUUGAAACUAGAUAAUUCUAUUUCAAGAAGGUUCUCUAUUGUUAAAAUUAUGGAUUUAUUUACAAAACGGCCUUUCUGUAGUAAAGUGGGAGUUUUGUAGAGGCCAAGUUUUAUGCAUUGACAAAUAUGUGUAAUCUAUGUGUAAAUACAAUGAACAUUGUAAAUAUUCA